AUGGAACGAGUCGUGAUCGUCGGAGCAGGUCUUUACGGCCUCAUCGCAGCCAAGACGUAUCGACAACUUGUGGCAUCUGACGAAAACAUCAAAAGCACCGACACCGAUGAAAUCACUGAAAUCCCUACCUGUUUUACUGAGAGCAUCGAUGGUUCCCCAGCGGCCUCCUCUGAAAGUCGCCUUCUUGUGAUCGACUCUACCUCGGAUAUUGGGGGCACCUGGGCUGAGGAGCGCCUUUACCCAAAUUUGUUGAGUCAGAACUCGUAUGGACUUUAUGAAUUCAGUGACCUGCCUCUUUCGGACGUAGUUCCAGAGGAACAUACCGACGAUACACAUAAUCAGUUCAUUGCAGGUUGGAAGAUAAACCGAUAUCUCCGUGCAUGGGUUGAGAAAUGGCAGCUUGAAAAAUACAUACGAUUGAACUGGACGGUCGACGACAUAAGCCGCCUCGAAACCAAAGAGUGGAAGCUCAACAUCAGCGUCUCCUCAACCCCGGGUCGACGCAUCACCAUUAUCUGCGACAAGUUGGUCCUGGCUACAGGACUGACCUCGGUACCAAAUAUGCCAGACACAACGGGGCUAUCAAUGGCCUCCAAUAACCCUGCUCCAGUUAUUCAUGCUAAGGAUGUUGGAGGUUGGGCUCGAGAACACCUGGGAUAUCAGCCACUGAAAGCACCCGAGCCCGAGACUGUUAGCAUUCCAGUCAAAAAUUCCCCUUACCGACAACUACGAUCGGUUGCUAUUUAUGGUGGUGCAAAAUCAUCCUUUGAUCUAGUGCACUUCUUUGCGACUCUACAUCGCAACGACUCAAAGCUGCACCUCAAGUCUACACAGAAAGAUCUUGUCCAAGUAAAUUGGAUCAUCCGUGACCAAGGUGUGGGGCCAGCGUGGAUGGUGCCGCCGAUGUCUCUCCUCCCAAAUGGUGACACCGUUGCAAGUGACAAGGCUGCCAGCAGCCGACUAAUCGCCCAUCUCACCCCGUGCUGCUACGAGACUCCAAAACGUCUGUCUCUUGGAUCCUCCGGGGGUCUUCACUGGGAGGGCUCAUGGCUAGCGCGGUUAUUCCAUGGCAACCCAAUAGGCCGAUGGUGGAUUCGUUGGCUCUGGCGAUCGAUUGAUAAAGGCUUAGAGGACACAGCGCAAUAUGAUUGGGAUUCGAAGAUGGAAAAGCUUCGCCCAGAGAACAGUGUUGUCUCGUGCGCAUCCGGUAUUGGUAUCGCAAACCAAGAAGACCUCUGGGAAACAAUUAGAUCGCCCCAAGUCAACGUGUACCGAUCAGCCAUCACCGAUAUCGUCGCUACCAGGCCGGAGAAAUCCACGGAUUCAUCCACAAAAGCUUCGGUGCACUUGGCAGACAGCAAUUGUAUUGAAGAAGUUGAUCUGGUUAUCCACGCGACCGGAUAUAAGCCAAUAGUCCCGAUUCGGUUUGAGCCUCCAAGUCUCCGUCUCGAACUGGGGCUGUCGGCCCUGGUGAACUUACGGGACGAGGAUAUUCGUGAGAAUCGCGAAAUCCCAGCGGAAACACCUGAAAUAAUCAAUAGACCACUGGAAGCAACUGUAAAUGGCCGCAUCCAACACUGGGAAAAUCUAGAUCGACAGUCUGAGGUCAUGGUCAAGAAGACUUUGAAUGCGACGAGAUGUGCUCUCGCAAAUCGGAGUCCUCCCUCAUGGGCUGAAUCUCACAAGCUGAUACCAUAUCGCCUGUUCCGCCGUAUGGUUGCACCCGAAUUAGUCGCACGAGGCGACCGUUCCUUUGCAACGCUCGGUGUUAUUUUAUCAUCAACUAUUGCUGUUGUUGCAGAGGUUCAAGCUCUUUGGGUGGCGGCAUUUUUGAUAGGAGGGCUCGACUCCCCAGUGGGCAUCAAUCCCACCCCGAACCAGGCUCUUUCGCUUGGAAAUCUUUCGCUGGAGGCUAUGGAGAAUGUUAUCUCCGAGGACGUGGCCCUGAGCUCAUUGACGGGAACUAGCCUUGAAGUUGAGGCCAUUCAGUACAAUGAUAUGCUCCUGCGCGAUUUGGGACUGAAUCCCCACCGACUCGGGGGUGGGCUCUACACCGAGCUGACUGGGGUGUACAGUCCUUCGGUGUAUGCUGGAAUUGUGGACGAGUGGAAGAGGGGUCGAGGGUUCGCAGAGAAGAAACCGUAG